AUGACGGUCGGGAGGGGGCCGAAUGGGCCACUGCUGCCGAUCGCGGCCAAGUCUAAUUUCCGUGUCUUUAGCAUGCUUUUGCUGUCCGUGCUUCUGGGCGUGGCAACGGCGGGCGCGGAGGAUUCGGAGGUGUACCUGCGCAGUCUGACGAUCCACAAGACGCACGAGAAGGGCUGGAACGGCCGCAAGCCGGAGGUGUACGUGGCGUGCGACGACGACGGCAGGGACGACAUCGACCUGCACGAGGUCAAGCACACGGAGACGCCCUACAAAUGGGGGCCCGUGGACAAGGCCAUCACGCACCUGGGCACGGGCCAGUGCCGGAGGUGCCGGCUGCGGGAGCGGGACACGUUUGACCCCGACGACACCUUUGGGGAGCUCCGGCUCUGCUUCGCGAACUUCUCGCGCCCGGAGGGGAUCUACGAGGCCGCCGUGGCGGGGGAGUUCGACGCCAAGUUCCAGUGCCUGGGCUGCGUGGCGCCCGAUGAACCCACGGUGUCCGCGUCCACGUUCGCAUCAGCGGGCGGGGCAAACUCCAGCUCCGCUGCGAGCGAGAGCAGCCAGAGCAGCCAUUCGCAUUCCCACCGCGAGAUUGGAGUCCAGGUGAGCUCGAACGACUCUGCAACCAGCUCAUCCUCUUCGGCGUCCGCACCAGGGAUUGAACUCUCAGCCACUGCGACCACAGCUUCGGCUGGGGGGCCGUCGACGGAAUUGGCCGGCGCGGCGCCGGCCCACUCUGCCCGGCACCACGAGGCCAAGGUUGGCAGCGCGAUCGCGGCGGGGUUGCUGUGCGUGAUGGUGGGCGUGGUGGCGGGCAUCGUGGCCUACCGGCUGCACCAGGCGCAGAAGCACCGGCGGGAGGAGGAGAGGAUGAGGGAGCUGGACGCGAUCCUGGGGGACCCCACGGUGGACUUCGAGCAGAUGGCGGCGCAGGACGGGAAGGCAUUGGGCUGGAACUUCAGCCGGCUGUGGAGGACCGGGCAGCAGAUGUGGACCAGGGUGCCUGAGAAGGCGGAGAUGUCGCCUUGA